AUGCCUCAACGUGCAAAAAAGUGCACCAUGGAAGAAAAAAAAACGGAACAGAAAGCUAUGCACCUUCAGAAAAACUCCCAUGUUUUGAAAAUAAAUAGGAGGACUUUCUCAGAAAGGGAGCCACCGGACAGAUGUUGUGUCACCGAUUCGAUAGAAGAACAGCCAGAGGAACUGCUGACGGGGAAGACAGAGGAGUUUCUACCUGGGAUGAAAGGGGAGUUUCUACCUGGGAUGAAAGAGGAGUUUCUACCUGGGAUGAAAGAGGAGUUUCUACCUGGGAUGAAAGAGGAGUUUCUACCUGGGAUGAAAGAGGAGUUUCUACCUGAGAUCACAAAGGAACUGCUACCGGAACCUCCAGCAGAACCUCCAGCAGAAGCGCUAGCAGAUCGGAAAACAGGAGUGCUUGUGGAAAUUCGGAGGGUACUUUCAAGUGAACCCCUGAGAAAGAUUAACUGCUUAACCAAUGUAGAUGACAUACUCUGCUUUAGUCAGUAUUCAAAGGAAUCAGAAUGCUUUAAUCAGUAUUCAAAAGAAUCAAAAUUCUCUUGUGAUAUUUUAAACGAAGGAACCUCAUCUGAAAGGUCAUACAAAUUAGAAAAGGAUCUGCAAGUCUAUGAACAUCUAGCUACAUUGUACGAUGACGAUUCUUUUGUCAAAGAAGAGGAACGUAUCGAAGUAGAGGAAGUCAAAGCAGCAGGGACAUUCGAAGUAGAAGCAAAUACAGUUGAUAACACGCCAACAGACGAUGUUGAAGAACCAUAUCCCAUAGAACAAGAAAGCACAAAGUCGUGUGAUGAUGACCACGAACUAUCAUUUGAUAACAUGAACGAAGGCGUUCUAGAUUAUGUCAAGGAAAAGCGCGAAACAAGAGGAGGAAAUCAGAUAAGAUACAGUAGGAAGGGACCUGUUGAUACCGGGCAAUGCUAUCGAGGGGAAUUUAGUCAGGGUUAUCUCAAUCCGUGUGAAGAGGCAUAUGAGGAAGGACAAAGUCGGAAGGAAACAGACGACAAAGACAUAGCUGAUAAGAAUGUGAUAGAUAAGAAUGUGAUAGAUAAGAAUGUGAUAGAUAAGAAUGUGAUAGAUAAGAAUGCGAUAGAUAAGAAUGUGAUAGAUAAGAAUGUGAUAGAUAAGAAUCUGAUAGAUAAGAAUCUGACAGAUAAAAAUAUGAUAGAUAAGAAUCUGACAGAUAAAAAUAUGAUAGAUAAGAAUCUGAUAGAUAAAAAUCUGACAGAUAAAAAUCUGACAGAUAAAAAUCUGACAGAUAAAAAUCUGAUAGAUAAAAAUGUAGAGGGAAAAGAAGACCUCGUUAAGGAGGGGACUACUUCUGAGACAGAACCAUUUCCAAAUGAAGAAAACUACGCAUACAAAGUUCCCGGUAAAUCUGGUUUAGAUAUUAUAGUCAGGAGUUCCAUCAAGACGUAUAGCUGCGCACUUAAGAAAAAAAUGUUAUUGCAAGGGAAAAUAUUCAUUACACACGACAGUGUGUAUUUUAUGUCUCUGUUUGAUUCCCUCUUUUCUAAAAAUUCCAUCCUACGGAUACCAUACGAAUCCAUAGAAUCCGUAAAAAAAAUGAGCGUUUUCAACUUUAUACCGAAUGCACUUAAAAUCGUAGCUAAAAAUAGAUCCUUUGUGUUCACAUCUUUUGUGCAUAGAGACAACGCGUAUGACUUGAUAAUGGACAUGAUUCAAGACAACAUGAAUGCGGAUGAAAUUCCAAAAAAAGGUGUCGUAAUACACAGCAGUGAGGAGUUGGAUGGGGAAGAAGCAGAAGAAGAAGAAGCAGAAGCAGAAGAAGGGGAUGAUAUGGAUGAUGCGGAUGAUGCAGAUGAUGUGGAUGACGUGGAUGACGUGGAUGAUGAAAGCGAUCAAGUUGGUGAAAACGAAGGAAGCGAGAAAAUAAGAAACGCGAACCCUUACGAGGAAAAGGAAAAAAACGAAGAGGUAGAGAUGGGCAGACUAAAGGACCCAAACCGGCCGAACAAAAGGAAACUAAAAAAACGCCUCAGGAUAAGAAACAAAAUGAAAAAUCGGAAGAAGCAAAAUAAUAAAUCAGUAAUUUACAACAUUACACCAACACAAUAUGAUCCGCUCGUGAAUACCCAAUUCAGUCAAGUAGUACAACAAGAUGAAGGAGUGGAAGGUCAAGGAAUGGAAGGCGAAGACUCUGCUAGAGUCUCCACCGCCUCUAAAGAUGUGAAGGAAAAAAUCCUAAUGAUAGAAACAAGGAAAGGGUUGACAGAAUUAAACAUUACAGAGGAGGAAGAAGAACUAUUGAAUAAACAUAAUUAUGUUCGAUGUAAUUAUCACACGGAUAGUUUAUACGUAAAUAAAAAUUUUAAAAAAAUAUUUGUUGAUAUAUUCUCAAAAUUUGAUUGUGAUAAUCCAAUUGUGAAAAGUAUGCAAGACAAAAACCCAAAUAAUUUAUCUUAUGAACAUCUAUACAAUUUGAAUAAAGAGCUAGAUGGUAAAGGACACCUUUCGUAUGAAUCUAUUUAUAACAUUUCGCUUUUUGAUGAUGGGAAGAGAGUAUUUGGUAUGCCAUCACGAUCAGAUGUAAAAGAAAAUUUAUCUUUUUUCUUUUUUAAAAAUAUUAUUUCUAUUCAAAAAUCAGUUUCACUGCUGUGCAAUAUACCAUUAGCAGGGUGCUUUCGUACCGUUGUUACUGUCACUCUUCACAAUGUACAUGAAAAGAAAAAUGAAGAAAACCAAGCAGAUGGAAUAAAUUGUGAGGGAGGUAACCCAAGUGGUAGUGAUGAUCUUCUAAACAGUUGUACACACGUGGAUUUUUCCUAUGAUAUCGAAUUUGUAAAACACACUUUUUUUAAAAAACAAAUAAAAAAUAAUGCCCUACUUGAGCUAGAAAUAUCCCUUAACACUUUGAAGAAGUACACACAGGAAGCCAUUCAAAAUAAGUAUAAACAGAAAAGUACAAUAAAUAAGAAAAAUCAAACACAACCUUCUGAAUGUACCUUUGUAAAAGAUUAUAUAGAUAUUGUAACGAUUGGUGAAGAUAAAAUUUUAGAAAAUUCAAACAUUUCAACCCCCACGGGGAUAUCAUAUCAUGUGAAUGACAAUUAUGCUUCAACAUUAUUCUUGCACAAUGCAGUUAAAAGCUUUUCGAAACGGAUGCGUAUGUUCCAUAGGAUGGGUAAUUUACUUUCGCGUCCACUCGACGCAGUUGUGCUUGUUCGCAGCUUUCUGGUCUUCAUUUUUGCAGCAGUGAUAUACAUAUUAUUUGAAUUAAUGAAGCAAUAG